AUGUUCUCGACUCGGUCAUUCCGCGUUGCCACCUGGCUCUCACCGGUCGUCCCGAUAUUCGCUAACUUCGUAUUCUUUUUCAUUCCUUCAUUUUCCGCCGUGGCCGCUCUGCUGCCGGUGCACGAGAGGAAAAGUCCGCCGAUGGGCGGAAGGCGGUGCCAUCGGCAACAGGUUGCGACGUGGCGACAGGCCGCGGCGGCUUCCACUCCGAGAUUCUCCCCCGCCUUACUCCUCUGUUUUUACCCGUUA